GUUAGAAGUUCAGAAGUGAAAAUUAUGCAUGUUUACUGAAUUAAUGUUUUAAUUAUUUUUAUGUAUACCUAUUAUUAAUGAAUAAGAGGAUGAGUACUAAACUAAAACACAUUUUAAUGGACCAGGCUACAACUAAAAUAUCAACCAAGAACUUUAAAAAUAUUAAUAAUUAUGAGAAUAUGCACAUUUCCUAUAAGCAUAAACAAAAUGUAUUUACCGUAGACUUGUCUAAUAAUGAUAGUCAGAGUUUUAAUGCCAAAAACGAAAGUGAACAAUUUGGCUUUGAAGUUGAACGAAGGACUUUUUUAAAGACCGUUUUGGAUAACAUCAAAGAGAAACCCCUGUUGAAUUGUAAACCAAAGAAAAUAGUGAUAGAUUUUAGUUCACCCAAUAUAGCAAAACCUUUUCAUGUGGGGCACCUGAGAUCGACAAUAAUUGGAAAUUUUAUCGCUAACAUCAAUGAAUAUUUUUCCAAUGAUGUUGUAAGACUAAACUACCUUGGUGACUGGGGCACUCAGUUUGGUCUCCUACAAUAUGGGUUAGAGUCACAAAACAUUGCCAUCUCUGACAUGGAUAAUCCUAUAAAGACAUUAUAUGAAGUUUAUGUACAAGCAAACAAACUGUCUGCGAGUGAUGAAAAUGUGCAGAAUAAGGCCAAAGAAUAUUUCUCUGCCAUUGAGCAAGGCAAAACUAACUUGGCAAACUGGAGAAAAAUUCGUGAAAUAACUGUUAAGGAACUAGAUAAAGUAUAUCAUCGAUUGGGAAUUAAAUUUGAUGAAUAUCACUGGGAAUCUGAAUAUAAUGGGCAUGCUAUCAAAGAUACAAUAACUAAUUUAGAAAACCAAGGUAUUAUUUCUGCAGAUGUUUCAGGGAUAAAAGUUGCUAAAGUAAAAGACAAAAGUGUUACUUUCCUGAAGAGUGAUAACUCUACCUUAUACCUGUCAAGAGAUGUUGCAGCCUUGUUGGACAGAUAUAAAAGAUAUAGAUUUGACAAAAUGCUGUAUGUUGUGGAUAAUGCACAGACAGAUCAUUUUGCUGCUGUCUUUGACAUUGUUGAAAGACUUGAUAGAGAUUGUACAAGAGGCUGUGAGCAUAUAAAAUUUGGUAGGAUCAAGGGUAUGAGUACAAGAAGUGGUAAUGUUGUAUUUCUAAAUAAUAUAUUGGAUGAAGCAAAAGAAAAAAUGUAUGAGCAACAGAAAAAAUCAAAAAAUACAAGAAGGUCAUCUAUAAAUGAAGAAACCUGUGACAUUUUAGGCUCAACAGCAGUAGUUAUCAAUGAUUUAAAACAGCGUAGGCAAAAAGACUAUGUGUUUCAAUGGGACAAAGCACUGCAGAGUGAAGGGGACAGUGGAAUUAAACUGCAAUACCUUCACUGCCGACUCUGGAGCUUAGAAAAUAAUUCAGGAGUAGCAAUUCCUGCUGCUGCUGAACCUGAUGGCCUAAAUGAAGAAGUAAUAGGUGAUGUUGUAGCCGAAUUGGCAAGAUUUGAUGAUGCACUUAAUAGAGCUGUUUCAGAAAAUGAAGCAUGCAUAAUUGUUAACUAUUUAUUUAAACUAGCAAGACAUGUUAAUAGAAUGUGCAAUGAGGUCAAAGUAAAGAAUGUUGAAAAUGAUCUUGGUACACAAAGACUUCUUGUAUUUCAUUGUGCACGGCUCACUAUAAAGAAAGCAUUAGAAAUUCUAGGUGUCAAACCACUGUUUGAAAUGUAGUAUACCUUAGUAUUGCUACUAUGAAAUAUACUAUCUUGUUUUAUUAAAGUACUGUGAUUGUA